AUGGGGGAGCCACUUAGCACAGCCGCCAUCUUUGCCUUUCUGAACAGUUGUUUCAGAUUUGCAGAGUACGCUGUGAAGCUGUACGGAGUUGAGUCCGAGAAUGGGAUUUUCGUAAACUUGAUCCAACAAGUCCAACACGACUUAGAAGAGACGGAACGACUUCUCAGUGUCCCUGACAUUACGAAGAAAGUCAAAAACACACCAGAGAAAUGGCGCUGGAUACAAAAGUCGAUUGCGGCGGCCAAAGCCUCGCUGAUCGAGAUUGGAAAGUGCGUUGAGCCGGUGAGGGGAGAGCAAGAGGCAUAUGGAAGCGCAACUUUCAAAACAAAAGUUAAGUGGAUUUUCAAAGACCACGACAAGUUGGUGACUCGAUCCAGCCACUUGAAUAGUGUUCAUCUAAGCCUUCAAACCGUGCUGGGAUUCUUGACUCCGCUCGAGGACUCCAUUCCUCAAAGUCCAGCUCCAGCGACAGAUGAGCUUCCAACAUAUGCCGAAGCUACCUAUUUGAGCCCGUGGCGAAGACUAAGGAGGGCACAGCAACAAGAGCGCUAUCACAGAGGAGACGAAGCUAAAGAUGAAGAUUCUUCGAACGAGCCAACGACUACACAACACAACUUGCGCCCGUCAUCAUCCAUGAAUGCCCUUGCACAAUACAGCACCACGUUCAACGAUAUACCGCCCUCUCCUGCCGCAAAUACAUCCUUCUGGGGACCGGCUUCUGACAGGGAAAGGGGAGACUCUAAUGGCACAAAUCCCUUCGAAAACAUGCCAUCCGGAAGGCCUACUUCUGCAAGGCGUUCCACCGUAUACGGACACUCGGCUGAGCCAAACUUCGCCUCGUCAUUACCGGAGCUACCUAGAGCUCAACCAUGCUAUCUUGCCUCAAGGAGAUCCACAGAGUCUUUGGCCCAGAACCAACGUCUCUCUUUGGGGACCACACCCAGAAACACCUCGGGCGUACCAUCGCCGAAUCAACCAAGCACAUAUCACUCUGCAGGCCCAGUCAACCAAUUCGAUCCUUGGGUCGGAUCGGCAGAUCCACAUCCCACCGCUUCUCCCUAUGAAAUUGUCGAGAUGGAUGGGUCGUCAUUUCCCGUAAGGCCACUCAGCGCCGUCUCUACAUACCCUCCUGUUCGGGCACCAGAAUCAAAUAAUACAUAUGGAGAACCGUUCCGCAGACCUCUAUCCCAGAGUCUCGAUUGGACUCAUACGUCUGAGAUUCCGACAGACACAGUCUUGCCCAACCCCAAUCCUGCACCUGCAGUCCCUCCAAAGAUAAGGCACGACCGGGCUACUCAUCAGAUUGAAGAUCCAACUCCCUCGAGAGCAGAAGAAAUGUGUUCACCUACUUUUUCGGAAGCCAUGCAACCUUUCGAUCAAGCUUCAUCACCCGAAAAUGCCCCAGCGGGCCCCUCUCGCACUAACGCUCGCGGCAACUCCACGCCCACCACAUCUGCUGCUUCGCCCAUAGCAGACAAAAUGAAACGAACCCCGACCAAGAAAUGGAGGGAGGCGAACCGAGCAAAUUACGAUGGUGAGGACUACGGAGACGGCCUAGACGAUUACCACGAAGAUAAAUUACGCGCACUUCAAAAAAUGGAAUCACAACAGCAGAUCCAGCAAUCAAUCUUGCACGAGAACCAAGUACAAGAGAGCCACGAGCAGUACCAACAGCCAUUCUCCGGAAGAUGGUCAGGCUGGGAAGCAGGGGGGCCAUACCUGACAUUCGGACAUGCAGAGACUAAACCAGGGCCCUCGGAUCCCCGCCAAAACCCUCCGGUUAUAGAUAUAACGUCACCAACCCCAGACCCCACACAACAACAACGCAGCUUCUCCGAUCCCGAGGUUUCCAUGCCACUACCACCCGUCUUAGACCAACCAGAGGUAGUUCCAACCUACGACGACGGCUACGAUGCACCGCUUGAGCGAACUCUGACUGUAAGCGAGAUGAGGCGGAGGAGGAGGCAAGCGAUGACGGCGAUGAUGAGUCGACAGAGCUCUAUAUGAGGGCUGGCUGGCUUCGCGUUUACGUAUUUAUGACCAUUAUGCGAUAUUAAUGAUGAUGAUGAUGGAUCGAUCCG